ACCGUAAGUAAAUAAAAAUGUGAUCCGAUGACGUAACCAAAUAUGAAGUAUUUACCUACUAACCUUGGGAGAUUUAUUUCCCGCCCGCUUUCUUCUGAGGUUAAACGUGUUUCUGUGUUCGUUUUUACGUUUAAAUUGAAGUAUUAACUGAUUAAGAUUAUUAAAUCUAUUUAAUCAAUUUGUACAGUUACAAUGUGGUACGGAACUGAUUUUGGUAACGAGUCAACUGCUGGCGGUUUUUUGAAUAACACAGCUACCCAAUCUGCUGAUUCUCCAGCUAAAAAAGGGGCUGUUCGAAGGCUGCAAAGUGUCGUCCCAGUUGUAAUUCGCCAAAUAAACAGUUGUCCUGAUGAAGACUUCAAGAUCUUUGGCAUAAGCACGCAAAUUUUAAACGUCGUUGGUAUCUUGCGAGACUACGAAGUACAGUCCACCAAAGCUACAUAUAACAUAGAAGAUCACACCGGUAGCAUAAAGGCCAUUUGGUGGCUAGAACAUGACGGUGACAGCACCCCAAACCUACCAGCUGUCAAGGAAGGCAGUUACGUGCAGGUAUUCGGGUCUCUACGUAACCAGGAAUCGGGCAAAAUACUGAUGGUGUUAAGAAUGUUUCUCGUCGAAGACUCUAAUGUAAUAACGAAUCAUCUCCUGCAAGUCGUUCAUGCAAGACUUGCACUGGAAGCGAUGAGCAAGUCAUCGGAGCUCCAAAUAAAAUCGAAUAACCCUGGAGCAGCACUGGCUAAUUCCAUGAGCUUCAUGGACGAGAAUACCGCACAAAACGAUCAGAACGGACUUACCACCAUGCAGCAGAAAGUGUAUAGAAUCCUACAGGCUAAUGAUACACCCGCCGGGACGCAUCGCCAGAACGUGCUUAAAGAGUUUCCACCGAAUCAGCAUCGCGAAGUGAAUGCCGCUCUGGAUUUCCUCAUCAAUGAGGGCCACGCUUACUCUACGAUAGACAACGAUCACUUUAAAGUAACCGAUACGAUGUAAAUUUUGAUGUUUAAUAAGUUGUUUAAUAUUUAUAUUAGUAAUUCGUAUCUGUAGAUGUAAGUGUUUUUGUUAGUCCACUUUAAUAAUCCAUCAAUAAAUAUUUUAAUUUA